CUUGUGGGUUUCGAUGAUUUUACGCUCGCAUCUUCGUGGGAAAGGUUUAUAUCUGAAAUAGAAGCCAUUUGCCGUGCAUGGAUGCUUGAUGGCCAUAAGAAUUUGGUGGAUAAAGGUGCAGAACAAUUAGGUUCAUGGGGAAAUUUGUUCAAGGUCAAAUCUGAGAUAAAGUAUAGUACAAAAUUUUUCCGCAUUGAGCAUUACUUUGGUGUCUCUAAUAAUGGCAAAGCUGCAGAUUGGGAUGAUAAUUUGCAUGAUUUGCAGUUGUCUUUUGGUGUGUCUGAUUUUCUGAAUUUACUACUUCCAAGUUCCUACUCGCCAUAGGGCAAGAUGAGGAGAGCUUUUGUCAUAUGCUGGGAAGAUUCUUGUACUUUUGGCAAUUAUAUGUCUUCACUUGAAACAUUUUAUUUCCUUCUAUAUCUCCUAGAAUAUUUCUUGGAACAUCUCUGUUAAUCGUAGGAAUUCUUGUAUAUAGAGAAUAUCCCUUAUUUCUCUACCUUUGUUCUCCUUGUAUUGCUCUCUAUUCCUUUAUUAUGGUAUCAUUUCCUUAUGUAUUCAUUUGCUUAGUUUGUGGGCACUUGACCAUAUAAUAUUGAAUCUCCAUUCAUGUGCUAAGAAGCAACAAUGCUAAAGGGUAUUUCUCUAGUAUCAUUCAAAUUUUCCUCUCUAGUUAAAGUAUUAUCCAUCAAUCAUCUUACUUAGUUGAUAUCAUGUUAAUAAUGGGGUAAGCAUCAAAUUGUUCACUCGUAGACUAAUACUAUUUACACUUGCAUCCUCAUAUAUUUACAUAUUCACAAAUUGGUUCUUGACAUUUAUAUUUUAGCAUUUUCAACUUCAAUUGAUAUCUUGUAUCUCUUUGUUUUGGCAAAUUUGAGAUAAUUGAAGAUAUUAUACAUUCUUCAUCCCAUAGAAUGCCUAUAUAUACAACAUGGCUUUCAGUAAAUUUUAGCGUUAACUCAAUAACAAAAUUUGAAUUGUCUUAAAAAUAUUCUCAGGCAUACCAAUAGAGUGUUUGAAAGUAGGACUAUGUGAGAGGAUCCACAUCAUGUAAAGGAUGAAUUGUUAUAUAUGCCAAUCUCCAAUUUGGGGAUUCAAAAAAAAUCUUCCUUUCUUUUACCCAUUGCACUCCUAGUUCCUCAUGAAUCUACUACUGAAGGUUGACAAAAUUAUUCUUAUUAUUGUUUUAGAAGAAGUCACAUCUGAUGUUGUUGUGCUCAGUGUCAAUAUAACUAGUUAACAACUGUAAUUUUUUUGUUUGUAACUGUUAAUGUAUGUUUUACUUUCACAACCAGGUUGUUGCGCCUGUAAGUGCUAGUGGGGUAGUUCUUGAUGUACCUGAAUCUACAAAAUUAUUAAGUUCUGUUGCCGUUGCGUUGACAAAUUGUGGCAGCAAUUGGCCUGCAUUUGUUCCGGUGCAUGAUCCUUCUCGAAAAGCAUAUGUUGGAAUCCAAAAUCUAGGCCUUAUAUUCACCAGAAGGUUUGAUUCUGAUAGGAUUGGCAGUCAGGUCCCAAUAAGGCUCAUGCAUUUGGAGGGCCUUUAUGAGUUAUUUGUCUCAAAAUUUGCCUUAUAUCCUGUGGAUUUUUCGGCAAGAUUUUUCAAUGUUCAGUUUGCAAUGAAGCUCACAUAUAGAACUCCUCCAUUUGAGUCUGAUGAUGAGUUUGAUAGUAUUGAUCCUGAAGAUAAAGAAUCAGCUGGAGAUACUGAUAUUCUGAAACACAUUAAAACCCAAUGGGAUGAUGACUGUCCUUGGACAGAAUGGUAUUCCGCAGAGGAUCCAGUAACAGCUUUUGAGCUGGUCGCAAUUUGGUCAAGUAGGACAUUUGAGACUUCUCCUGAGAUGGCAGAACUAGAAAAUGCAUCCUCAUUUGAUGCAGAAAAGUGGCUUCUAUAUCCUGUCAUUUCCCCGAACAUGAUACAUGAUUCUCCAGGAAAGUUUGUUGGAUUUGCAUCGCAAUUACAUCUUCUAGUAAGUGCAUUAGAGAAAUCAUACGAGGCGCAAUUUUUGGAAGACUUUGUUUCAGUCGAAAAUCCAGCAUCUGGUAGUUCAAAGUCUUCAACUAUACCUCCCCCAACAGUUGUUGAUCGUGUUUUGAAAGAAAUUUUUCAUGAUGAUGGAAGCUUGCCUUUGGAAUGUGAAAAUAAACACUGCCGUGCAAUCAAAGGCGCACCUCUAGAGUCCUUGUUUACUCAGUUUUGCCUACAUUCACUUUGGUUCGGUGGUUGUAAUAUACGUGCUGUAGCAUCCCUCUGGAUUGAAUUUGUUCGUGAAGUUUGCUGGUGCUGGGAUGAGGCACAACCUUUGCCAAAUAUGCCCAAGGGUUCCACCAUUGACUUGUCUACUUGUCUUAUACAUCAGAAAUUGCAAAUGCUUGCAAUAUGCAUUGAGAAGAAGAACCCAAGCCAUGACUUCGAGAGCACUGAAAAUGUGAACCAUACUAAUGAUGAAAAGGUAAAUGUUCCAUCUUAUCCAUCUGAAUCUGUGAAAGAAGAAAAUGAUAGUAAUUUGAGAAUUUUUCUGCAUCAAGAUUCAGAAGUAUCUUCCUCAAGUUCUUCUGAAAAGCUUACUAGCACAGAAGAAUAUCCUAAUAAACAAACAACAAAUCAACUACACAAAGGAUCAGCUGGUAUUGUUGGUUCAAUGAUGCUGUUGCGCUCUUGCCAAAAGAUGCAUGCUCCAUACACACAGGAUGCACCAAUUAUGACAGAAGAUAUGCAUGAAGAAAGGCUCCAUGCUGUUGAAGCUUUAGGUGAUGCUUUUAGGUUCUCUGCUCAAUUGGAAAGAGAUAUCCUCUCAUCUGAUAUGUCAGCAUUCAAGGCUGCAAACCCAGAUGCAGUGUUUGAAGAUUUUAUCCGGUGGCAUUCACCUGGUGAUUGGGAGGUUAAUGAAAUGGAAGCACGCACAGGUGAACUAAAUCACUGGCCUCCACAAGGGAAGCUUUCACAACGUAUGGCUGAACAUGGGAAUUUAUGGCGGCAGAUUUGGAAUACUUCCCUACCUUUACCUGUUUCUGAGCAGAAGCCACUUCUUGAUCCUAUUCGAGAAGGAGAAAAGAUACUCCAUUACCUCGAAACUUUGAGACCACAUCAGCUGCUUGAGCAAAUGGUUUGCGCAGCCUUUAGAGCAUCAACUGGCAUUCUGAACCAGACUUUAUAUGGUGAUUUCAAACAUAUGAAAACAGAAGUUGAUCAAAUUUAUCUUACAAUAGCAUCAAUUUUGAAAUAUUUUCAAGCAAAUCAUCUUCUUGAGAAGGAUGAAUUGAUUGGCAACUUGAGACAGCUUUGUCUUGUAUUUGAGCACAUGGAGAAGCUGUUAAUCCUUGCAGCUUCAGUCCAUCGUAAGUUGCUAGAUGCUCCACGACUUUCGGAAGCAGUGUUCAAUGACUAUUUUGCAUUUUACCAACCUAAAAUGGGUAAAAGUUUAGAGAGCAUAUGCUAUGAUCAGGAAUUCAAAACCAAGCAGUUGAUAAUGAUGGAUGAAAGAGAUGCUGUAGCAAGUUUGUUUCCUCCCGCCACUGCCACUCAAUCAUGGAGAAAAGUAUUGAGCAUGGGGAAUCUUCUAAAUGGGCACGAACCUAUCUUAAGAGAAAUAAUUUUCUCCAUUAACGAUCGCAUACAAGACAGUCAGUAUGCUACUGGUGUUCCUACAUCCAACAUGGAAGAAAUCCAGACGCAUCGCAUGUACAUAUGUGGGACAUCCAAUGAUCUCCGGGUUGCAUUAUCCGUGACAUCGUGGGAUUAGUUGCUGUCAUCUGAAAAGGCUGUCGCAUUUGCUAUUCUCAAAUCUGCAGGCCCUCAGGUCUCCAUGGACCAAUAAUUGCCAGAUUGAAUGAGCCUGGAGCAUCUGAUAGUAGUAUGGUCUGUCUCUACUGCAUUUUUCACUAAGUUUUCUGGUCAUUUUGUUCGACAAGUUGGAGAUUUUAAAAGAAUUACAAGAAAGUGAUUAUAUCAAAGGCUCAAAUCGAAGAAGUAUCUUUUGGUGAUGGUUGAUUAGCUGACAAAGCGAGUUUCGUGUCUCUCAACUACUAACACUGUUCUUCUCAAGUGCCAUUAUAUGCCUAACAUCUUCGUCCCAUGGCGCUGAUCAACUUUGAUAUUACAGUGAUUGGUUAUUAGUAAUAAACUUCUAUUUUUUAUGCUAUUUUGUAGAAACCGUCAACUUUUGAUAAAUUCGUAUCCAUUUGCAUCAA